GUGUGAGUUUAAAAUUUGAGUGAAGUAUCGAAUCAUGGUUACGAUGGAGUUGGUCAAUAUGGGAGGGAGAACAUUCCUAGUUCCUGGAAAUUUCCCGGUUGGAUGCUCAGCAACGUAUUUGACAUUAAACCGAACAUCAAACAAGGAAGAGUAUGAUCCUCUAACAGGAUGUUUGACAUGGCUGAACGAUUUUUCAGAAUACUACAACGAGCAGCUUCAGGCAGAACUGAACAGACUCAGGAAACUUUACCCUCAUGUCAAAAUCAUAUACGGGUUCAUGGACAGACCCUUAUCCGCUUGUUGCGGUUUAGGAGGACCGUACAACUUCACCUUAAGUAAAAAAUGUGGGAGUGCAGAAGUGACAUAUUGUAGUGAUCCUUCAAACUCGGAAACGCCGUGCCGGAAUUUCAAGUCGAUCAUCAGUUUCGGCGAUUCGAUUGCCGACACCGGGAACUUGGUCGGUCUCUCUAAUCGUAACAAUCUUCCUGUGACUGCGUUUUCACCAUACGGAGAAACUUUCUUCCACCACCCAACCGGCCGUUCCUGCGACGGCCGCAUCAUCAUGGACUUUAUCGCUGAAUUUGUGGGGCUUCCUUAUGUGCCUCCUUACUUUGGAUCUAAAAAUGGAAACUUUGAUAAAGGCGUUAAUUUCGCGGUAGCUGGAGCAACGGCACUGGAAAGUUCCUUUCUUAUGAAGAGAGGAAUUCAUCCACACACCAACGUUAGUUUAGGAGUUCAGCUUAAGAGCUUCAAGAAAAGUUUACCAAAUAUAUGUGGCUCUCCAUCAGAUUGUAGAGAUAUGAUUGGCAAUGCUUUGAUUCUCAUGGGAGAGAUUGGAGGGAAUGAUUAUAAUUUCCCAUUCUUCGAACGCAAACCCAUUAAGGAAGUUAAAGAGCUGGUUCCGUUUGUGAUCGCUACUAUUUCUUCUUCAAUCACGGAGUUGAUUGGUAUGGGGGCAAAAACUUUUCUAGUGCCCGGAGAGUUCCCUAUCGGAUGCUCAGUAGUCUAUUUGACAUUAUAUCAAACAUCAAACAAGGAAGAAUACGAUCCUUUAACCGGAUGUUUGAAAUGGCUGAACAAGUUUGGCGAAUACCACAGCCAGCAACUUAAGACGGAACUCGACAGACUUAGGAAGCUCAACCCUCAUGUCAACAUCAUAUAUGCUGACUACUACAACGCUCUCUUGCGCCUUUUUAAAGAACCAGCCAAAUUCGGGUUCAUGGACAGACCCUUGCAUGCUUGUUGCGGUAUAGGAGGACCGUACAACUUCAACUUCACUAGAAAAUGUGGGAGUGUAGGAGUGGAAUCUUGUAAGGAUCCUUCAAAGUAUGUGGGCUGGGACGGCGUUCAUAUGACUGAGGCUGCAUACAAAUGGAUAGCUGAUGGAAUACUCAAAGGACCAAUAGAAAGAGAAGGAGAGCAACCGUCGAGCCUUUCCAUUGCAUCUCCAGAUUCUCUUCUGGCGAUGAAGCUCGUGAGCUUCUUAUUAUCUACUCUUUUGGUCACUUCUGUGAACUCGCAAACGCAAUGCCGGAAUUUCAAAUCAAUCAUUAGUUUCGGAGAUUCAAUUGCCGACACUGGAAACUUACUUGAUCUCUCGGAUCCUAACGAUCUCCCUGCUUCCGCGUUUCCGCCAUACGGAGAAACCUUCUUCCACCACCCAACUGGUCGUUACUCUGACGGACGCCUCAUCAUUGAUUUCAUUGCUGAGUUCUUGGGUUUUCCGCUUGUGCCUCCUUUUUAUGGAUCUCAAAAUGCAAACUUUGAAAAGGGAGUUAAUUUCGCGGUCGCGGGAGCAACAGCAUUAGAUACUUCCUUUCUUGAAGAGAGAGGAAUUCAUUCUGAUAUCACCAACGUCAGUCUGAGCGUUCAGCUUAGGAGCUUCACGGAAAGUUUGCCCAACUUAUGUGGCUCACCUUCAGAUUGUAGAGAUAUGAUUGAAAAUGCUUUGAUUCUCAUGGGAGAGAUCGGAGGAAAUGAUUUUAAUUUCGCACUCUUCCAGCGCAAAGCCAUCGAGGAAGUUGAAGAGCUGGUUCCGUUUGUGGUCACUGCUAUUUCUUUGGCAAUUACGGAAUUGGUCUGUAUGGGAGGAAGAACAUUCCUAGUUCCUGGAAAUUUUCCGCUCGGAUGCUCAGCAUCUUAUUUGACAUUAUACCAAACAUCAAACAAGGAAGAGUAUGAUCCUCUAACAGGAUGUUUGACAUGGCUGAACGAUUUUUCAGAAUAUUACAACGAGCAGCUUCAGAAAGAACUCAACAGACUCAAGGAGUUGUACCCUCAUGUCAACAUCAUAUAUGCUGAUUACUACAACGCUUUGUUGCGCCUUUUCCAAGAACCAGUCAAAUUCGGGUUUAUAAAGAGACCCUUGCCCGCUUGUUGCGGUUUAGGAGGAUCAUACAACUUUAACUUUAGUAGAAGAUGUGGGAGUGUAGGAGUUGAAUACUGCAAUGAUCCUUCAAAGUAUGUGAAUUGGGAUGGCAUUCAUAUGACUGAGGCCGCAUACAGAUGGAUAUCUGAGGGCUUACUCAAGGGACCGUAUGCUAUUCCUCCUUUCAAUUGGUCAUGCCUCAGCUCCGAGAUUAUGAAUAAGAACUCGGAAACUCAGUGCCGGGAAUUCAAAUCGAUCAUUAGUUUUGGAGAUUCGAUUGCCGACACUGGAAACUUGCUUGGCCUCUCAGAUCCUAACGAUCUUCCUCAUAUGGCGUUUCCACCGUAUGGAGAGACUUUCUUCCACCACCCAACUGGCCGUUUCUCCAACGGCCGUCUCAUCAUUGAUUUCAUCGCUGAAUUCUUGGGUUUACCGCUUGUGCCUCCUUUUUAUGGAUCUCAAAAUGCAAACUUUGAGAAGGGAGUUAAUUUCGCGGUAGGGGGAGCAACGGCACUGGAACGUUCCUUUCUUGAAGAGAAAGGAAUUCAUUUUCCUUACACCAAUGUUAGUCUAGGCGUUCAGCUUAAUAGCUUCAAGGAGAGUUUGCCUAGCAUAUGUGGCUCUCCUUCAGACUGCAGAGAUAUGAUAGAAAAUGCUUUGAUUCUCUUGGGAGAAAUUGGAGGGAAUGACUAUAAUUACGCAUUCUUCGUGGACAAAAGCAUUGAAGAGAUCAAGGAGCUGACUCCCCUGGUGAUCACUACUAUUUCUUCUGCAAUAACGGAGUUGAUUGGUAUGGGGGGAAGAACAUUUCUGGUGCCCGGAGAGUUCCCAGUCGGAUGCUCAGUAUUCUAUUUGACAUCACAUCAAACAUCAAACAAGGAAGACUACGAUCCUUUAACAGGAUGUUUGACAUGGAUGAACAAGUUUGGAGAAAACCACGGGGAGCAGCUUCGAGCAGAACUCAACAGACUUCAGAAGUUGUACCCUCAUGUCAACAUCAUAUAUGCUGACUACUACAAUGCGUUGUUGCGCCUUUACCAAGAACCAUCCAAAUUUGGAUUCAUGGACAGACCCUUGUCAGCUUGUUGCGGCGGAGGAGGACCGUACAACUAUACCGUAGGUAGGAAAUGUGGGACUGAUAUAGUUGAAAGUUGUGAAGAUCCUUCAAAGUAUAUUGCUUGGGACGGUGUUCAUAUGACCGAGGCUGCGUACAGAUUGAUGGCUGAGGGUAUACUAAAGGGACCUUAUGCGAUUCCUCCUUUCGAUUGGUCUUGCCUAAGCUCUGGAAUUAAAAACAGUAGAUCAUCUGACGCAUAGAAUUCUUCGAUGAACAACUGAUAGUCAAAAAUUUGAGAGAAAGUAUACUGAUAAAAAACAUGUAUGUUCCUUAGUGCUUGUCUUAGAUCAUGUUCAUGCAUGUAUUUGACAAUUUGUAUUGUUGUUAUGUGAGAUAAAUUUAAAGGGUAUUC